UUCAUAUUUUGUCGUCGAUGGAAUUCCGUUGCUGCUACAACAACUUGUUUAUUUUCUUGCUACAAAGGAUUUUUGUUGCUGUGCUUCCCUGUGCUACCUGAAUGGACAAUCAAAAUUUAAAUUUAAAUGAAGGGCUGUCUUCGAAAAAAUCAAAAAAGAAAUCCACAACAGCCACCACCAAGCCUCGUAGAGGCAGACGUCCAAGAAGUGGCCUGGAUCGUCAAACCAAUGCCAAGCAGGCCGUUAACGCUCUGGACUCGGAUUCCACAGAGGUGGAGUCUUCCACCGAUGAGGACGAACGCUGGAAGGAUGUGGCACGCUCAGCGGAAAUACCAGCAGACUAUUAUAACAUACAAAAGUUGGUGAAAUACAUAAAGGCUGGCAACCAAACGGCCACCAUAGUAUCGCUAUGCUGUCUCCAGGACUACGACUUGACCACGCAAAUAAAUCAAUUUGCCAUCCAGGACAUAGGCGGCUUAGAUGUGUUGGUCAAUAUUUUGGAAUGCAAUGAUGCCAAGUGCCGAUUGGGCGCUUUGACGGUAUUGGCCGACAUAUCUCUGAAUAUUGAUAUUCGCAAAACCAUCGUGGACUUGGAUGGCAUACCCUUGAUUAUAGACAUUUUGAAUUCUUCAAUGAGGGAUUUGAAAACAGUGGCUGCCGAGACGUUAGCCAAUGUGGCCAAGGUGCGUUUGGCUCGGAAGUAUGUGCGUACUUGUGGUGGUAUACCGAAAUUGGUUGAUCUGUUGGAUAUAAAACUGCAAAUUUUACAAACUCCUCGUGAAGAGCUUAAUUUUGAGGAGAUCGAACAGCUUAACAUGGCGCGGGCAGGUGCUAGAGCUUUGUGGUCCUUAUCGGAUUCAAGGCACAACAAGGAGAUAAUGCGUAAAAGUGGCAUAGUACCUUUAAUGGCUCGUCUACUGAAAUCCUGUCACAUAGAUGUGGUUAUUCCUAUAAUGGGAACUAUACAGAAAUGUGCUUCCCAGCCCAAAUUUCAAUUGGCCAUACGCACAGAGGAAAUGAUUGCGGACAUUGUUAAUCAUCUGAAUUCGCCAAGUCUAGAUUUAAAAAUGGAAGGUAGCACGGCCAUAUAUAAAUGUGCCUUUGAUCAAGCCACCAGAGAUCUGGUCAAGGAAGCUGGAGGCCUAGAACCUUUGGUAUCCAUCAUUAAAGACAAGACGGUGAGGGAGAACAAACCAUUGCUGAUUGGUGCCACUGGCGCCAUAUGGAUGUGUGCUGUAUCGGAUGCCAAUGUCUUAAAGUUUGACCAGUUGCGUACGGUUAACCAUCUGGUGGCAUUGCUAAACGACGAGUCCGAUGAGGUAUUGACCAAUGUGGUGGGGGCUAUAGCUGAGUGUGUACGCUUUCAGCACAACCGGGAUGUGCUACGUAAUGCCAAUGGCCUGCCCUCUUUGGUCACAUUGUUGAACUCUUCACAUGCACCUCUGUUGGAAAAUUUAGCAAAGGCUUUGAAGGAAUGUGCAGAGGAUGCCGAAAGUAUGCGUAUAUUGGAAGAAUUGGAUGCUGUGCGUCUUAUAUGGUCUUUGCUGAAGAACACCAAUCCUCGAGUUCAAGCCUAUGCGGCCUAUGCCAUAUGUCCUUGUGUUGAAAAUGCCAAGGACUCUGGGGAGUUGGUUAGAAGUCUAGUGGGUGCCAUGGAGUUGGUUGUCGGUUUGCUCAAGUCCAAGGACAUGUUGGUAUUGUCGGCAGUGUGUGCCGCCAUUGCCACCAUAGCAAAGGAUAGUACGAAUUUGGCCAUCUUAUCGGAUUUGAAGGUCAUCUAUAAAUUGGCCGAACUGGUCAAUACCACGGAAGAUUUGUUAAGGAAAAACUUGGCUGCUGCCAUAGCCAGUUGUGCUACUUAUGCCACCAAUACCCAGGAAUUGGGACGUCUACGUACGGUUACCCCCAUUGUAUCUUAUAUGACCAGUGAUGAUCCUGAAGUACAUCGCACCACUGCCAUGGCAUUGGAGAAAUUGUCAAUGGAUCCGCAAAAUUGUAUUACCAUGCACCAGAGUGGUGUUGUACCCUUCCUUUUAGAAUGUGUAGGUUCCACCAACAAAGAAUUACAAUUGGCUGCAGCCGGAUGUUUGCGUAACAUACGAGAACUUGCUUUGCGGGCCGAGGAGUAUCUACUAAAAAUCGAUGAUGAAUAAAAACGAAACCGAUUUGACAGUCAGUUUAUGCACUUUGCAUUGGCUUUUAUUUGCAUAUUAGCAUAAUAAAUAAAUACACGUUAAAAAAUA